AUGAAGUUAAAAAGUGGAUUUCCCGAAGUUUCAUUUGUAAAAGAAAUACGCGAAAAUGCUUUCUUACCGGCAAUUGGACCGUCAUCAGUCUCCCGUACAGAACUUGGGUGUUCACCGUCGGAAAAUCAAGAAAUUGUUAUGAGCAGUACGGCUGCAUCAAAAACAGUAAACGAUGAGCGUUCUUAUCGUUCAUCACCAUCUGGGUCCGAACACAUAAGUUUUAGUCCGGCGACUUCAUCGGGACCAGCACAGUCGCCUGUGAUGUUCGCACCCCGUCCACGAGAUACCAAAUCAACGAACGGUGAUGAUCCUUCAAUGUUUGCGGUUUGCCAUCUGUGCCAGAACAAAAUUAUGUCUAGUAGAUUUUCGAAUUUGACAAAUCAUGUUCGACGACAUGCAACUCUGAAGCAGUUUCGAUGCUUACACUGCCCGUAUACGCACAAUGAAAUGGCGAAGGUGCGACUGCAUAUGCAGCAUAAUCAUAAAGAUAACCAAAGUCAGCCGAUGAAUGUUUUUACCCAAGAAAUGCAGGAUCAAUGGGAUUCGUUGAUGGAGCAGUGUUUCCCUGGAUACUUAAAAGUUGCAUCGGAAAACAGCUAUUUAGAAGAGACCAGAGUAAAACCCAUUAAUAACGAUCAACAAAGGCCCUGUUUGUACCGUAAACAGAAAUUUGUGUCGGAUGCCCUAGAAGAACAUCUAGAAAGGGUGCAUAAAGGUGAUUUUAUACUAUAUCAAUGCGAGGAGUGCGGAUACACGGCUGCAUGUGAGCGGAAAGUGAGGUUACAUAUUAUGCGUAUUCAUAAGGAAAAAGCUGCAGAUUUGGGUGUCAAAAUUCUACCCAGUGGAAGUAAUAAGGUUUUUAUUGAAGAAUGCUUCAGACCUGGCGAGGAAGAAGAAUCGGUUUCUCAACUUAACUGUUUAGUGCAAAAUGACGAAGGAAGGUUUUCUCCAGUAAUCAGCGAUGAAUAUUGUGGUCCAAGUGUGAAAAGUGAAUCUAAUGGCCAAAUACAGUGUAAGCUCUGCAAAAAGUCAAUAUCAUCAGGCCGAUCAAGGUCUGCGUUAAUGAAUCAUGCAAAGCGCCAUCAUGAGGAGAAACAAUUUUUGUGUUCUAUUUGCCACUAUUCAAGCAGUGAAGCAGCACAUGUUCGAACACACUUAGCAGCUAAACAUUCAAGUGGUGGAGGAAAACUAAUUGAUAAUAAUUCCGAAUUUCUCCAAAAUGCGUGGAUCGAGACAAUGAGGUUGUGUUUCCCAGAUUUGAUAGCGGAAAUAGAUCAGUUCCGCUUCAAACAUUCGAAAAAUAACGACGAAGUGAAAGAGACAAGUAUUCAAGGAGCUGCGUCGAUUAGAAAACCUAGAUGUAAACGAAAGAAAACUGAUGAGUCUUUGGUUGCUAAGGAGAAGAACAGUCAACUUGCUGUGGAACUACCACUGAUGUAG